AUGGUUUUAAAACCCUUUCAGCUGUUAGUUGCUUGUGUUAUUACUAUCUUACUGAAACAGCAAUUGGUCUGCUAAUAAUCAACUGGUUUCACUACUUAUGAUGGAAUCACCUAAGAUUAACUACCAUCUUACUACACAACAGCAGGGAUCAAUGGCAUCAAAGCUCUACUAAACAAUCGCAAUGCAAAUAAUCUGGGUCUCAAUUAUUUCAUUAGAAUGUGGAUAAGACCUAAUAACAACUUUAAUUCUAGCUCAGACAAGACCCCCGAGGUGCUUCUCGAUAUAGACAAAUCCUUAAGAUGCCAGCUUCAAUAUUAGAACACAAUAGCCUGCUUCAAAUCAGGGUCAACUAGCUAAGAUGACUUCAUUUACUUGACUAGAAUGAACUACACCUCUCGAAUGUGGUUGCAUGUCGCUAUUGCUGGCUCGCUGCAAGGAGGGUCACUGCAAGAUUUUACAAGGCCAACAAACUUUGCUACAUUGGUGAGCUUGACUUCAACAGUACUUCCAACUUGGAGCUAUGAGAAUGCACCAAACGACAUAUGCUAUGCUUAGUUUGGAGGUGUGGCUUAAUUACCAUCCCUUGAUAAUCAGUAAACUUCAUAUACUUCCAUUGACAGUCGCAUGAAAACUACCCUCCUCUAGUUCUAGUAUUCAACUUCAAUUUGGAUGAGAAUCAGAUAAAAUCAAACUACAAGUACCUCAUUCAGUACAAGCACAUUUAUUACAUAGCUAAGAGGUGUUUUUAGCGUUUGGAUGUCAGGAACUAAUUUGAUGAGAAUCAGAGUCCAUGCCUCUACAGAUUCCAACUCAAAGGACACCAAUGCAUUUUAUGUGCCAUACAAUGAGUGGUUCAAUCUUCAGUUCACUAUUGAUCAAAAGACAGGUUAUGAUAUUAGAGUUUACAACAUUUUCAAAAGAUUGAUCACCUCUGAUAAAUAAACAGUCUCUUAUAGCGGUCAGACAGUCGCACAAUAAAUACAGGUUUUCAAUAACUUUAGAGGCCAAUUAAAGUCUAUUAUUAUAUACUAAGCACUAAGAACUCUACCACUUGUUUCGCCUAGUGUACCAAACCAAGCUAUUUAGGACGAUAAUUUGAUUGUGUACUACAAUUUAGAUCAAUCUAAUUUCAAUGGAAAUAAUUAAUUCAAAAGCAUAGCUAGGACAUUAUCAGGAACUUCUGGGGCGAAUUUACUUGUCAAUACAGUUCCAAACUAAGGUUCUUUAGUUUUCGAUACUGUCCCUUUUGAUGAAAUUUUCAAUUACAACGACGUUUAGAUAUACGGAUAACUAAAUUAAACUGAAUCUUAUUACGAUGGAAUAUCUUGCAUUAAUACCAAAUAAUCAAUAAAACUUGUAGGCAAUACCUCUCAGAUCUCCAUUUAAUAGUAAAUAACCUCAAACUUGUCUUCAGCAACUAUCGAACUUUGGUUUAAAAGACCUAUUCGUACCCAAAAGUUGAAUUUUCUGGCUUCAAUAUUUUCACAAACUUAAAAUGUGUCUUAUUUCUAGCUAUAUCAGCUUAGUGAUCAGAGUAAUUUAAUCUGCCAAGUAUUUCAAAACAGUAGUGCAUCUACAAUAUAAAAUGAUCUAUUGAAUUAAUCAACUUACUUUCAAUGGUAACAUAUUGCCUGCUUCUAUAGAAGCAGAAUUGAUGUUUUCUCAAUUAUGCAUUCACAAGAAAAUCUUGAAUAGAUAAAAUCUGUAGCACUGUUGCCUAAUGAGAGUUCGGUAAUGCUAAGCGGAAAUUAUACUAUAAUUCUAGGUAAUAAUAGAGAAUAUAAUAAAGGUUCUGAAGAUAUAUCAAUGAGAGAAUUUAGAUUUUGGCAAGUAGCUCGAACUCUAAAUCAAAUCAGACAGAAUCUUUUAUCUCAGUUAGAUCCAUCUAUUAAUAAUGGAAUACUAUCAUACUACAGACUAAAUUCAGGUGAUAUGAACAUUUAAAAUCUACAAACCAUAAGAAGUCAAAUUAGUAAUAAUACAGGGCUUCAAUUUUAUCAAGAAACUAACCCAAUUCUAAGCUGUCCAUUAAAUACAUAUCUAUCUCCAUCAAAAUAAUGCCAAAGAAAUCCAUUUACAAAUCAAUCGCUAAAGUUAUUGACUUAUUAUAAUGCUUCCGAAAAUUCAAUCAAAUGGAUGAUAACGCCAAUUUAUUCAAUGAUGCAUGAUGAAUUUACAAAUACUUAGAGUUUCAUUUAUACUUGGUAUUCAAACAACAGGUCAUUAACUACUUACAUCACCAAUUAAGUAAGGUUGAAUUAGCUUUCAAAUUAAUUUGUGAUAACCUAUGCAACUCUAUAUAAUUCUUCUAAUACAGACAACACCACUGUAAAUAAUUUAGUGUAGGUUUUUGUACACACCUAAAAUUACAUUAGAUCAUUUGUCUAAGCAACUGCAAUCUAAUAUAGACUUGAUUAAUGCAGAUACUUAGUUGAUAAAGGUACUGGCGAUCCAAUUAUAAACAAAACAUACUCCUAGCUAAGAGGUUAAUCAAAUCUUGAGUUUGAUUUUUCUGUGAAAAAUGUUAUAAACUGUUCUACAGAUUUAACCUAAUCAAUAUCAAAUAUUACAAUUUUACAAGUUACACCACUUAUAGCAUUGACAUCAACAAAUGUUACUUAUGAUGAAACAGAUAAAUCCUUUACAUUACUAAUUUCUAAGGAGGAUUAGUUGAAAUUCAAGCUCUAUCAAAUUUAUAAUUUCAUAAUUGGAGUCUAAGUUUAGUAGAAUGGUUAGAUAGUUCAAGAAAGUACAUUGAAUAUCAUUUAUCGAAUCAGAUUUGUUGAGAAAAUUAACUCAGUUAUAAUGCCUUCUCGUUUUUAUCCUUAGGUUGGAGAUAAUUUGAUAUUAAAUGGAAGUUUAUCAAAAUAUGAAUUAGCUUCACAAACUCCAGUUAAUUAUACAGGAAUCGAUUUUAAAUGGAUUUGUCCUGCCAUAUUUUAACAAUAUUGCUAGAAUCAAACCACAUUUAAAAUACUUAACAUUAGUGGCUUAGCUUAUAAUUUAUCAGGAGCAGUAGCAUAUUAGCCAUAUACAUUUAUUCUUGAAUUAUCAUCCCAGAUCGAUCCUUACCAAAACUCAGUUUUUUCAUCUAAUACAACAAUUACUUAUGUCCCAGAUGAAAUUCCUAAUUUUUCAUUAUUUUAGUAAGAUAAAGAUAAGGUAUAUGUGCUAGAAGAUAAUACUUUUAAAAUAGAUAUACUUAAUUACAAAGAAAACAGACAGGAUUUAACUAUUAUUUGGGAAAUAUUACCCAUAGUAAACUUUACUUUCAUAGAAAUUAGUGAUGAUCGAACUACAAUGACAAUAAAAUAGGGAGGACUGAAUGUCACAACAUCAUAUGAUAUAUCUGUAAACAUAACUUUCAAUGUUAAAGUUAACUCUAAAUCUUCAAGAACUCUCUCAUUCAAAACUGGAUAUGGCAAUUUAACAAAUGGCACUUAUAAUGUAACACCCCAAGUAGGUUUUGCCCAAAAGACCCUGUUUAAUUUUUCACUCACUAACUUUUUUACUGAUUAUGAGCCGAUAACGUACAGAAUAUAUGGAACUCAAUUCAAAUUCUCAGAAAUAUUUGAAAUCACUCCUUCAGCUUAGCAAUACUCUAAGAACUUCUCUACAUUACUUCCAGAGCUCUAUAGGUUUGAGAUAAGAGUGAAUGAUUCAAAAGGUAAUCAAAUUACUUAAGGCUAACUUCUACAAGUGGAGGUUGUAGUAGAUCCAGGCGAUACUGGCCUAGAUGAGGAUCCAAACCUUGAAACUCAAUAAUUGAUAAAUUUAUUUAAUGAUAUAUAAGCCCAGUCAUCUAUUAUAGAAGGCUUUGAUUACACGACUACGCUUGUUAAUAGAAAUGUUCUUGAUUAGAAGCUAAAAUUUAUUGGACAAAUUUAUGAAAUCACCAAUGGAUUUGUAGAGGGUUAUUAAAAUUAAGAUAACUUGAAGAACCGUAUAUACGUUCAGAGAACGAUGAAUGUUCUUAAGAUGCUUACAAACAAUACUAUCUAAAUGAAUAACACUAUAGCAACAAUGGCUUUUGAUAUUUUGAUAGAUCUUUAAUUAAAAGACUCUUCUUUGAGGAAUUCAUUUUCAAAGUCAGAUUUCUCGUCUGACUAUUUGCAUGUUAUUAGCUCACUCGACAAAUAUACUUUGGAAAAAUUAUAGUUCAUUAUAAUGGGGAGAUUGAGACGUUCUCUUUUUUAUAACACUAUGAGUUUCUAGGACUAUCUAGAUUUUGAUAAUGUAGUCACUCAAGAGAAGUAAAAGUUUGAGAACUUUUAUUGUGAUAAAAUUAGCUAGUAUGAGCGCUAGUAUCAGAUUCCCAGUUUUUCUUACAAUUUAAUGAUAGAUAAGUUUUAGAGCGAUUCAACUGUCCAGAGCAGAUCCUAUAAUUCUUCUAGUGAGGAUAUAAUGAUGUAAAUAUAGAUAGACUAAGUGAUUUAAAGCAUGAAGGAUAAUAAUUAGAACUGGGUCAAUCAAUUCUGCUUGAUAGGCAAUUCAGUCAGAUUGAGUCCCUUUUUGAAUAGAGUGAUUGGAAACUAAACUAUUAAUUCUGAAAGCUUUGGCUAUAUUACUAUUUUAGAUAAUCUUGGACUCAGAACUCUAGAGACAAUUAAUAUUAGCUAAAGUUAAAAUGCUGCUAGUUCUAGCAUUCUACAGUUGAGUUUUCCUUACGACUAUCUCUAGAAGAAAAAAGAGUUUAGGAAUAAUUAGACUGUUUGCAUGCAAAUAAAAGCAGAUAAGUAGAUUUAUAAAGAUGAAUUAUGGUCGGCCGAAACUUGCCAAACUUAAUACCAAGUAUUAGAGAAGCUUAUAGUAUGUAAAUGCAGCAGCAUAAUGAAUAGUUAUUAUGGAAUAGUCACUGAUUUUUCAAGAAAAUUAGUUGUUGAUGAGGUAGAUCAGAUCAUUUUUAGUGGUAGUAAAACUGUAAAUGAAUUCUCUUUGUGGAUGAUCAUUAUGCUAGCAUUCUUGGGCAUAUUUCUAUUCAUUUUUCCUCUUUUGUUGCUCUGCCUAGAUAAGAUAGAUUAUAGAAGAGUAACAAAUUUUUACUAUAAUCUGGAAAGUAACUUAAUUAAGAAAGUGGCUAAAAGGAGGUAUAAGCCUAUUGAAAUAGUCACUUACCGGUAAUAGCAGUUCAAAAAGUACACUUAUUUAAAAGAUCUUGGAUGUGGAACUUUGUUUGGCUUAUUCUAUACAGAUAUACACCCAUUAUUUUGGCUCUUUUCCAGAUUUGACAUAAUCUAUAAAAGAGUUAUCAGAUUGACACUUUGCUGCUUGCAAGUCUUCACAGUGGCAAUAAUUCCUUUAGUAGUUUUUAAAUAUGCUUAUGAAUCUGAUUAGUUCCCUGAUGAUAUUGAUAGCUAGGAUACACUCUUGCCUGCAAUAUAUCUUGGUCUAGUAACUAGCUUGCUAUUACUUCCAAUACCUAGAGUAUUCUAUUAUUGUAUGAGAACAAGAUUUGAAGUAGAUCAUAAAUCUAGGAACAGUUCUGCGAGAAAUUAGUCAAACAGACCACUAAAUUAAACUUAAAAUGGUUUGACUGAGAAUGUGGAGGACUUGAAUAAUGGGCCAGUUACUAUAGAAAAUUAUGGAGGCUCAGACAUUGCCAAUCCAACAAUACAUGAUGAUAAUCUAAUAUCUUAAAAGAAUAGGAAUGAUAAGUUUAGCAGUACCUAAAAGAUUAAAAAAUUGGAUUUACAAAAUUUGCAACGUCCUUCUGGACAAAGAUUGAUGUAUACGACAGGUGAUGAUAAAAAAUUAUCAAAGACCCCAAGAUCAGUUUUCACUAGCAACUAAAUGGAAUUUGAUAGAGUUGAUGCAGUAAUGAAGCCCAAUAAUGGUUAACAUAUGAUUUCAAAGAAUAAUCUUAAAAGAGCUAAUGGAAGAAUAUCAGAAAGAAAUGAGAGAUAUUUUGAUAUUUAUCAGUAAGUUGCUAUUUCAGAUGAAGCUAGCAAUUUAAGAGGACUUUUCAUUGCCCUGAGUUUUAUUUAUUGUAUUGCAGUGCUUGUAAUUCUCAUUAUGGAAUGCUAGAAAAUCCCUAAGCAAUAUUAGUUCUAAAUUAUGAUAAGCUUUGGUACAGCCCUUUUCAUAGGUUGGUUCAUAUUGAAUCCAAUCAGAAUUGCUAUAGUGUCUUGCCUGGUAUAAUCAGUCAUUUCUAAAAAAUCGAAGGAUAAAUCAAAAUAAAGCUUUGGCUCUAAGUUAACAUCUUGCUUGUUUGUGAAUAAAGAUGCUCAGAGUAUGAUGAAGGAUAUUCUCAUUAUAAAGGCUCAUCAAGUGAUAAGUCUUGAUUUUGAUAACGGAAAGAGUACUCAGUAUAAUGCUAAAGAGAUAGAUUUGUAAUUUGAAAAGAAAGGCAUUGAUAAUGCGCUUGAUAACUCUUUUCAUAUAAAAACUCCUCGAGGCAAAAUGCAGCAGCAAUCUCCUAUUAUUGCAGAUCCUGCUUCACCUCCCAGCAGAAGAUUCAAAGAAUAGCCUGAAACAGGAACAUAAGCGAAUUUCCACCCCUCUACUAGAGAUUACUUCACUUAAAGACAGAAUGUUCAAUAUGAGUAUGAUGAGGAGAGCUAGAGAGAUUAAUCUAACAGAUAACUGUAAAGAGGCUUAUCAGGGUCAAGGUUCCUUGACCAACUACCUAGUGUCAGAGAUAAUAUGGAAGAUGAGAGUGAGGUCAAGCCAUCAGAGGAAUCCUCUUAAAUGCCUGAAAAGGAAGGCUAUUAUUCAAGCAAUAAGAAUAAGACAUCCAUUCCUGUUUCACUAAAGUCACUUGAAGUUAAGAAUCUUGGUGAUGUGCGUUAGAACUCUUCAGUGAAACACUCAACUAAUAAAAGCAAUCAUCUGAUUGAUUAGCUUAGAGAAAUAACUGAGGACUCUCACAUUAUGGAUUCAAGCAGCAACCACAAUUCUUCCCAUUCAGAAAUAAGGCUUAAUUCUUAGCCACCGUUGCCUACCACUAAACAAAAUAGAGAUGUCCCAAAAGCUAACAUGAAUGAGAUAAAAAGGCAAACUGCACAAAAACUUGACUUUGAAAAUGAACCUGAGAUAUCUAUUGAACAGAUUAGUAACGAAUUCAGUUAGUCAAACAUGACCAAGAGUCAUAUUAUGAAUGCAGAUUUAAGCUAGCAACAUUACUUGAAUCAGAGACAUCUUGAUCCAUUUGAAAAUGAUGAGUAUAGUCAUCGCAAUCUAGAAUAGGAAUAUGGCGAGGAAUAGCAUCAUAGUCAUUAGGAAAUAUCAGAUGAAGUUUCAUUCAACGAGGAUCUAGAAAGAGAUGAAUUUGAAGAUUCAUGA